UCGUCAAAUCAAAUCCGUCGGCGGAACAAGGUCGCGGUUGAGACAAAUUAUCGUACUUGAUCAAAUUAUUAUAUUAUAAUUCAAAAGUUCUAAUUUUGAGUGGAGACUAUUUGCCAACCCAUAUCUCCAGGGAUAUCCGGAUAUGUUAUUAUUCAGGUAAUAUAUAUAUAUAUGUAUGCAUGAUGUAUGCGACGGGAUGACUUGAUCGAAAACGGAUCGCGGCAAAGGUCAACAAAGGCGAAUAAUAUCAUCAUUGCAAUACGGGCAAAUCGCGUUAUGCGUGUGCUGCAGUACUACUACCGGAAGCGGACGUGGGCCUCGGCCUCGGAUCUACGGGGCGCGAUCGUUCUGGGAAACUACUCGGCGGUGAAGCGGUCGAUUACGCGCAACCGACGCUUGACUCACCGUCCUACCGGCAGGGCGUCCGACCGCCCGGUGCACGUGGCCGCGCAGUUCGGCCACCAGCACAUCGUCCGGUUGCUGCUGAACCGCGGCGCCAACCCCAACGCGCGAAACAAGUACAUGAAGACGCCCGCGCACCUGUGCGUGUUGCACUGCAGACACCAAGUGGUCGAGCUGCUCAUCGGCCACGGCGCCGACCCGGCCGCCAUGGACAGUGCUGACAACACGCCGUUGGACCUGGCCACGUUGACGAACGACAAACGAUGUUUAGACGUAUUGAUAAACUGUGACAUGCCGAACAGCGUGGUGAACAAGGCGUUUUACAAAGCCGCGACACGCGACAACACUAUGUUGAUGAACAAGCUGCUCAACCGCGGAGCAGACAUAGAAUAUAAAGACCCGUCGGCGGGGCUCACGGCACUGCUGUUGGCCACGAGGAGCAAGCACGUGAGAGUAGCACAAUUCUUGCUGGAAAAGGGUGCCGAUCCCAUGGUACACGACUUAUACGGUUGGACGUGUCUACAUUUCGCCGUAUAUUACGAGUUCCCCGUCCGAAUACUACAGACGAUGGUAUUGCGAAAGAACGGCCGAGAACUGCUUGACUUCCGGACGUUCAAACAGGAAACCGCACUGCACUUGGCCGCCAGACGGGGCAACGAAGCGGCGGCGGUGGCGUUGCUCCAGGCCGGCGCCCGCGUGGACGUCCUCGACCACAAGUCCCGGACGCCCCUGUUGACCGCGCUGCACUGGCAAAAGGACGCGGUGGCCAGGCUGAUGGUUUUGGCGGGUGCUAACGUGAACCGCACACCCGGCUCGUCUCGGGCGCCAUUGCACACGGUCGUCGCCCGCAACAACGUGUCACUGAUGCGGCUCAUGCUCGAACACGGCUCCGUCGUCGUGGACCUGCACAACGACGACCUGAAUUGGACGGUCGUCCAUUCGGCCUGUGAGUCUGGAGACGUUUACAUGUUGGAGUGCUUGCUGGCGUACAUAGAGCCCGGUGUGCUGGACGUGCUGCACGCCGGCGGCCGGCCGAGACCGCCGCUCGUGGUGGCCGCCUCGAUGGGCCGCGGGCAGGUGGUGGACGUGCUACUGGCGCGCGGCGUGGACGUGAACGCGCGCCGCACCGACGGCGAGACGGCGCUGCACGCCGCCGUACGGGGCAACUGGCCGGCGCUAGUGGACCGGCUGUUGGACGCGGGCGCGUGCGUGGACGCCCGGGACGCGGUGGCCGGCCGCCGCCCGCUCGACGUGGCCGUGUACGCGUGGGGCCGCAACGUGACGGUUACCGCGCAGCUGGUGCAAUCGAACCGCAUGGCCAAGGCGGUGGUCCGGCACGACGUGGACGCCGUCGAGUUCCUGUUGGCGUGCGGCGUGUCGCCGAACAUGACCACCGAGGCGUACGGGUCGCCGCUACACGUGGCCGUCCGGCACCGUCGGUACCGCAUGAUGGCGGCCAUACUGUCGUCGGACCGGUGUCGGACGUCCGUCCGGCACAACGGCGUCACGCCGCUCGAUUACGCUGUGGCCGUGGGAGACGCGCGCGCCGCCAAGAUGAUAUUGUGGCGGGACCAGCGGCGCCGGCGGUCCAGACACGCGUCGCUGACGGCCACCGCGGUUCCUCCGGAGAAACGGACGCUGCAGAAAAACGCUAUGCGGCGCCGGCGGACGUCCGUCUGACCCGCCUCCGAACGAUUUUCCACGACAAACGAUGACCGCGUUUUUGUUAUUUGUUAACGUCGACGAGAUAACCAUGUGGACGUUCUGUUUAUUGUUUUUAUUGUUUUUUCGUUUUUUUUUUUUCGCUUACUCACUUUAUUCGUUGUUUUUAUGUUUUCCACUAUCUUAAUAUCCUUAAGAUAAACCAACGUUUUGGCGAUUUUUCGACAGUUUUUAUUUUUUAUUGUUAUCACUAUUUUACCAACCCACUCCCCCAAAACUCGAACCGGAACUAUUUUAAAAGGAUGUAUUAACCUUCGGAUGUAUCUAAACGUACCUCGUGUCGUACACGACGCGUGUGUGUGUGCCUAUAUACACCACCUGCUGUAAUGCAACUCCGGUUAUGUACCUAACUGUUGUAUAACAAAUAAUCCGCGGUUAUUUCCAACAACUAAGCUUUCAUUUUUAUUUUUUAUUAUUUAAUUUAAGAGACUUGCCAUUAUAUUAUUAUGUUUAGUGUUGACGAUAAAAUUUGAUACGUAAAAUAUAUUAAGUAUACCUACACUCGAUGUUAAGAUAAUUAAUAACCGAUUUUGCACUAAACCCGUAAUGUGCAUUUUGUACGAUAAUAUAGUUACAAUAUAGUAUGUUAAAUUGUUAAGUAUAAUUAUAGUGCAUUGACAUUAAAAACAAAACAAAAAAAUGAUAUGAAAUACGUGUCUUAGCUGUUUGUGAUUUAUUUAUAGCUUAUAGGAUAGCGUUUUAAGUAACUAUACACGAGUGUAGACCUCUGUGCGGGCCUAACACGAGAUGCGCAAUUAUAUUGUUUAUUUUUUUUAUUUUGUCGUUGCGUUUUUACUGUUUACGUAUUAAAUAAUAUAUUUAUGACACUA